AUGAAGAAAUUUCCUAAGAACAUCAGUAAGAAAGAUACUCUUAAAACGAAUGAUCGAACACGCACUAGCUAUAAGCCCUUUGUUUGCGAUUUAUGCAAGAAACAAUUCUCUGAAAAAUCAAGACUCAACCGACAUUACAUAACCCACACGGGCGGAAAGCCUUAUGUAUGUGAUCUAUGCGGAAAAAAAUUUAAUCACAAAGUAAGUCGCGACAGACAUUAUCAAAACCACACCGGUGACAGACCUUUCGUGUGCUACGUCUGCAAUAAAGGUUUUGCUCAAAAGGGUACUCUUAAGAAUCAUGUUAGGACUCACACUGGCAAAAAGCCUUUUGUAUGUGAUGUUUGUAAUGAAGCUUUCACUCAAAAGAGUGCUCUUAAUACACAUGCUCGUACCCACACUGGAGAGAAGCCUUUUGUAUGUGAUAUUUGUAAUGAAGCUUUCGCUCAAAAGGGUACUCUUAAAACACAUGCUCAUACCCACACUGGAGAAAAGCCUUACAAGUGUCCAUUUUGUGGAAAAGCUUUCACGACCAGGAGCAUUUGUAAUAGGCAUCAGAGGAGCGCGCAUAAGUGA